UACACAAGCUAUUCAAUACAUUCGUGCUUGUUCUAAUGAUAAUACAUUUAGAUUUACUCUUCCAACUUUCACACGAUGGAAUUCAUUUUUUAUCUCAUUACAACAAUUACAAAGUAAAGAACAGUAUUUGAAAGAUAUCGCAUAUGAAAUUGAGUCACGAAUUGACAAAUCUGCCCGAACACAAAUGAGUAUCAAUAUGAUUGAGGAUGAUAAUUUUCAGUUUUAUAUUAAUACACGUAUUCAACAUAGAUGGAAUCGAAUGUAUAGUCCAAUUUUACUUGUUUGUUGGUCACUUCACCCAAAAUAUGUUCUUGCAAAGGCUAUUCGUCCAGAGCUUAUUACAAUUAUAAAAAAGGAAGCAAGCUGUUUAUUUGAGCGUCUAUUUCAUAAUAAGGAAGUUAAAGAAUUUCGAAGACAAUUAAUUGACUGGAAUAAUAAAGCUUAUCCUUUUGACUUCGAGGGUAACUGGGAUGAUUAUUUAAUCAAUGAUCUAGUAUAUUUUUGGAACAAUUUUCAAAAUUAA